UAGCGAAGUGCUCACACAUUUCUAAAUAAAAUCAAUAAUUACUGAAAAUUACUCUGAAAGUGUAGUUCCAAACUAUAAAUGGAUGAAAUAGAGUAUAAGCUUAACACCAACAAUAGCGUUUUGGUGGUGAACGCGGUUGAGAAGCUGAUAUCCUUGAUAAAAGCAAAGUUUAAACCGGCCGAUCGAAAGAAGUUUGUUUUGGAGAAUGAAGAGCUGAAGUUUUUGAGAGCAAAAUGUUCUGCAAGAGGUACAGUGGUCAGCCUGACGGCGUGUCAAGGGCUGCUGGCGCUGGUGGAGCUGGGAGUGCUGGAAAUUGGCCACACGAUGUCGACGAUUGUCACGUUGCUACCGACUGCUAGCAACUACUCAGCCAUAAUCUCGACCAUGGCUGGGCUGCUCAUCCUGGACCUGAAGUCCCGGCUGGUCCCGGGCCAGCCAUACAAGUGCCAGUUCUCCUUGAAGUCUCCGCAGCACCCAUUCAUCACAGUACUGGAAAAGAACAAAGGAGUUGAGGAUGAGAUCCUGACUCAGAUGCAUGCGUUGUGCACACAUCCUGAUUAUAUAGUGUCGUCCAACAGCCUGGAGCUGCUUCGUCCCGUGUUCCUGUGGCUGGCCAUCCAACCAGGACGCGGCGCCCGAGCCUGGCCGCUGCUGCUCGCGCUGCCGCCGUCCAGCGCGCACCUCAGCCUGCUUCUGUCCUGCCUGAGCUGCCAGCGGAUCUGCAGCCCCUUGUCUGUGGAGCGUGCGUACGACGCGUACGCAGCGGUGGCGGCGACGGCCAUCAACCGCUGCGACCGCGCGUACGUCGUGGCGCUGCUGCCGAUGCUCGCCAGGAUAUCCAAUGAGCUCAUCAAGCAUGGUCGCGACCCUCGGCCAUGCUACAGCCUGAUGGAGCGCUGCGUGGGCACAGAAGCCGCCGAGCUUCGCAACGUGGCCAGUCUGACGCUCAUGCUGCUAGCCGACAACCUGCCUCUCACCUCGGCACUGUAUCUACACGAGCUCUUCAACUUGUGCCUGAACAUAGCGAGCAAAUACAAAUGCUCCAGCAUUUCCCUCAGCGCAUUCGUGGCUCUCUCCCUCCAAUGGCUUCACAUGCCUUCCUACCUCACCUCCUCUGCCCUCAAAGUUGGCGCCAAAAUACUUGACCUCUACCAAUCCAACGACUUCGAAGACCGACUGGACAUGCCCAACUUGAGAACGAACAAAAUUUUCGAUGAAUUAAACAAUAUAGAUAGCAGACUGAACACGAUGUUUAAACUUACCGAAAUAUGGGAGAGGAUUAGAGAUAGCGAGGAUAGCUUGAAGAGUUGGCUGGAGGCUAUCGAGAGGGUGGAUGGAGCUAUGAAGUUGGAGAUGGUGGUGUUUCUGAUAGCAGUUGCUAUGGAGAGGAGAGAGGAGAAGUGGUAUGAAGAAGUGGUCGUGAGGGCAUUGCGCAUCGUCGUGGACACUGUAGACAUUAAGAAGGAGCUAUCGGUUCUCCUCUUACCAAUCCUCACGUACAAGAUAGCCCGCGACAAGUCGCCACUGGUCCGCAUGGAGUGCCUCAAAGCGCUGCCUCUUAUGGCCAGAACUAAAGAAAACGUGCCGAGCAUAGUCGCGGUAUUAACCAAGCUAAGGACUGGCAAGGGCGUGUCUACAUCGACUCUAAUCACGCUGUACGCGAGCCUUGUUGAGACACAGGUGCGCUGUUUCCCGUACCUGCAAGAGCUAUUAGCGGAGACGGCGGUGGGUCGCCCUGAUGAGCUGAAAUGGGAAAUGGACGUGGCCAAGGCUGCUGCCGUCAGCCGCAUUUGUGAGACCAGGCCAUCAACCCACGGCCUGGAAUUAGUCCCGACCAUUUCGUCAGUGCUCAACCGCUGCACAGACAAGGCGGGCUCGGCGUCGACGGCGCUGGUGCUGGGCGCGCUGGCGGCGCUGUGGCGCGGCGCCGCCGUGGCUCCCCCGGGCACGUGGCGCGCGCUCGAGCCCAAGCUGGCCAGGGACAACAGAGUUACGGUGCAAAUCAGCAUAUGCAAGCUACUCUCAGAAGUGCCUACCCUCCGCGUGGAUACGCCGGAAUACGACCGCCUCGUAUCGGACGCGGCUCGCAAACUGUGGAGCUACAUGGCGGAUUCCCAUCAACCUGCUGUGGUGGAAGCGGCUUGUGACGCGCUGGCUAACUAUAACGUGGAAGACUUUAAGCUGAAGGACAUUCCUGAGAUAUACAGGAGUACGGUGAAGUUACCAGCUUCGUACUGCAAGACGCCGGCCGACGCGGCGCGCAAACCUGAGGAUGUGCUCGACUACAUACCUUGUGAGGUGUGGCCAGAGGUCUUCAAAUACACGAACCAAGAAGCCUUAAGCGGGGUGGAUCGUCUCUGCACGGCGCUGGUAGCGCGCGAGGUUCGAGGGUUCCGUAGCGGCGCCUACCAGCCCGACGCGCGCACGGAACCCCAUAAUAUGAGCUACCUGCCGAAUACUAGCGUGUUGAGGGGACUCAUGGACUGCUUCAAGAAGCAGGUGACGUCACCGUCGUAUGACUACCCCGACGCGGUGCUCCUGGCAAUCCUUCGCACGCUCACGGCGGAGUAUAUUCGCCCUCUGCCUCCCGUGGACCUCUGUUUUGUUCACGAAGCUUUGCACAAAGGUAGCCAAUGGCGCAGUGGUGGACUGAAGCUGGCUGCCAGACAAGCACAAUCCGUGGGCUCCGCGCGCCGCCUGGCCGACAAUUGGCUGCAGAGCAUCGACCCGGAUCACAGCGAGGAGUCGGAGAUCCUGCUAAUGUUUUCUCUGCUCCCGAUCCUCUGCCGCGGCGUCCCGCCCAACACGCUCCGCCCAGCUUUAGAGCGCUGCCUGGCCGCCGCCGCCCGCCCUACCGACGUCCGCCCUACUGAUUCCGCCCGCCCUACGCUAUGCUACGAUUCCGCCCGCCCUACAGAGGCUGGCCAGCCGCCCUUGCUUACCAUACAGCUGGAGGGAAUCCGCGCUAGCUUGGAGUGCGAGAGGAUACACGACGCUAACAGGACUCUGCUGUCGCAAAUAAUUGAGAACUACUUCACUAUUAUAUCGGAUGAUCACGUGUCGUGGCCAGCCUACGUGCAGACCUGCCGUCACCUAUCCAGCAAGUACCUCGAGCGGAUGACGUCACCGUCCUCCUGGUGGGAGGUGACGGGCGAGGCGCUGCGUAAAGCGGCCGACGUCAGGGCUGCGGUGGCGGUCGCGGCCGUUACGGCGGGGGCGGAGGCGCCGCUGAAUUGGUUAAAUGAGAUCAUUGACGCGCAGGCCGGACACAUCGCUGACCAACAGUUCUCCCUGCAAUGCAUUUUAGCGCCACUGAAAGCCGUCAAGCCGGACGACCCGAAUACUAAGGAGUGGUUCCUGCAACUCAUGGCCAGAACACAAGUUGCUUUCAAAGAAACCGAGGAGCUAUCAGCGCAUCUAUACCUCUGCGACGUGUUCAUACUAAGCGCGGUGGUAUUCAGCGGCUGUGCAGCGCUGGCGAGGCAGCCGCUGACCAGCCGUCCAGCGCUGAGAGCGCUGCUGCCGUGCGCUGCAGCCGCUUUGAUGAGCAGGGAAGCGUGGCACGAUAGUACCGUACAGAUGCUGGAAUGGCUGAGCCACACGCGAGACUGCGUGCGCGACGAAGCCACCGCGCUAAGCUGCCAGCGAGCGAUGUUAGUACUGAGGGAUCAUGAUGCCUUCACCACGCAUAGGAUAUGGGCGAGACUGGAAAGCUAUUUUGGGAAACAGACGAACUUGGAAGACUGAAUUCGAAGCGGCAUAAAUGGCAAUUGAUUGCCACAACUCUAGGUAUUGUUUUGUUUUUGGAAAUUGUUAUUUUAUAAACAUUUAAUACGUCUUUUGUAAUUAUCGCAUAGAUAUUAAGAACAUUUAUAACGUGCCACGCUGAAUUACUUAAUAUGUGUUUGAUCUGUUUUUUUUGCAAUUUAUUAGCUGUUAUGAACAGUAAAUUUACUAUUUAUUAACGUUAUCUAUCUAUCUUUUGUUAUCUAUGAUCUGUCUACAUGUUUAUAUACCAAAUAAAACUAAGUUGUGACAAUUCUUCUUUUACAUUAAUUACUUCUUUUAUUUACUCUAGUCAAGAGUUACACACAUCCAUAUAAACAUUGGAUAUUAUAAAUAAAAUUAUGUAUACAAAUCUUGGAUCUUGAAUUCUAGUAAAUACUUUGACAAUAGAAUGGAUAUGGAACUACCAGAUAUCUUAGUUUACACCUAAUCCAA